CACCUUAGGAACGAUGCGACAUAUCGUUGUGUUCUCAUUGCCUGUAGCUGCUUCCAAACGCCGGCAUGCUCGCCGAGGGUGCACGAGCAUCGUACAUAUCACAUGUCGCGUCUGUCCCAGAAAGAGCUAGCGAAGAAGUCCAGGACAACUGUACGCCAACUACUUGACGGUUCAUAUCCCGCACCGGUGGUACGAACAAGGCGUACGAAAGCGACACAUGAGUGCAACGCCCAGGCAGAACGAGGUGCUGCUAGAAAAUCACGGGUCUUGGUCGGAUCGCUGCUUUCUGACGCAACGGUCAACUGGUCACUACCAACCCUAAGCGACCUGCGUAAUUCUUGUCUUAGCGCACAGCUAUACUGCCUCCUGCGUUACAUGUGUUGAUGUCAGGCGUGGACCUUGUAGGACACUACGAAGCGAGCAUAUGCAUAGCUCCUCGAACUCUCCAUUGGUGAGAUCGAAGAACAUCUUAAUAGUGUCGUACUAGUACCAGCGCGCGUAUCUAAUGCCCACGAUCUUCACACGACGCAGCGAAGCCAAUGCUACAGUGAUAUCGGCCAAUAGUCACCGAGCUUGUAAGAAUCGCAGCGGUC